AUGUCCGACGACGAUGAGUACUAUGAAUUCGAGGAUGACUACAUGUACGAGGAUUUAGGCCCAGAUAUGGUCGACGAUCUCGCGGCCUCCUCACACUACGAAGCCGCCCUAUAUGAAGACCCGGGGAUCGAUGUUGAAGACUAUUUCAGCGACUGGGACUAUUAUUCAGACGAUUACCACGACGAUGACGCCACUGUCGACCAAAGCGCAGAGAGAAAGAAAAGAACCGAGAUCGCAGCGACAGCACCACGACGAACGAAGACCUCGUCUCGUCCAAAGAGCCACACGGCCAGAAUUCCGCCGACGAAAUCCCCCCUAGUGCCUGAUAUCGCCUCCUUUCAGGGCGUGGUGUGGAAAACACCGGCGCUGGACCGGGACCAGGACGUCGCCAUUUUGUAUGAGCCGGACACGGGCGAGAAAGUCGCGCUUCUAGAGAACUGGCGGGAAGUCUUCAAAUCUGCCCAGCCGGCGUUGGAUAAGUCACGGUUGAAAAAGCGACAAGUGGUUGAACCCAAGCCCGUCGAUCCGUCUCUGGCUGACGAUGAAAUGUUCGCUGGUGACGGUGCCCAUGACCAGACUGAUAGCUCGGACGAGAUGUCUGAUGUUAACUCGCCGAACACUUCAGGUGUUGAUGCUGGGGAUACUGGGGAUGCUUCAAAUACAACUCCAGACCCGGACCCGGACUCUGUCCGUUCUCUCAAACUGUCCUCGCCGCCGAAGGUCGUGAUUCCAUUGAAGAGAGGGAGCAAACGGAAGGUUGUUGCACAGAAAGAUGACACCGACGAGGACACGGAGGCGCCCCGUCCGAAGAGGGUUGCGUUGCGGAAAGGCGGUGGUGACGGGGUUAUAAAGCGUGGUGAUGGGGCUACAAAGCGUGGUGCGGCACCGCCGGUGCGCAGAUCGGCUAGACAGAAGAAGUAG